AUGGCUGCCAAAGCGACUCCCCGAAAAGCUGUUGUCGUCGGCGCAGGUCCUGUAGGAUGUCUAUCUGCCAUCUCCCUCGCCAAGAUGGGUUGGUCCGUCGAAAUAUACGAACGUCGCCCAGACAUGCGUUUGCCAUCCUCCAAGGCUGCCGCUCAGCAGCGCUCCAUUAAUCUGGCCAUUUCCGCGCGGGGAAUCGCGGCUAUAGAAGCUAUCCAUCCAAAUGCGGCCGGCCGAUUCCUCAAAACCGUCAUUCCCAUGCGUGGUAGAAUGAUUCACCACGUCAGUGGAAGUCAGGAAAGCCAGUUAUACGACAAGGAUGGCCAGUGCAUCAAUUCCAUUGGCCGCGCAUUCAUGAAUGAAAACCUUCUGACAGAAGCGCUGGAUAUUCCCAAUAUUCGCGUGCUUUUCAAACACAAAGUUGCAUCAAUAGAUUUUGAUGAGAGAAUAAUGGUCGUCCGAGAAGUAGACACGGAAAGGGACCUCGAAAUUCCAUUCGACUUCUGCGUGGGUGCAGACGGGUCAUAUUCGAUUGUUCGGGGUCAGCUGAUGAGAGUGAUUCGGAUGGAUUACCAGCAAGAGUAUAUCCCUCAUGACUAUCUCGAGCUUAAAAUGCCCGCAGGACCGGUUGUCGGCGGUGAACCCACGUAUCUGCUGGAUCCGAACCAUUUGCAUAUUUGGCCGCGCCACACGUUCAUGCUUAUAGCUCUGCCGAACAAGGAUAAGUCAUUUACUUGUACCCUAUUCGCGCCUACUGCAGAGUUCGAUCGGUUUGAAACGCCUGGGGCCAUCAUAAAAUUUUUCAAGGCGCAUUUUAGUGAUGCUUUGCCGCUGAUCGGAGAGGAGGCGUUGCUGCACGACUUUCAACAGAAUCCACGAAGUUCGCUCAUGUCAGUAAAGGCAACACCAUAUCAUUACAAGGAUCGGGCCAUAAUCCUUGGCGAUGCCGCCCAUGCAAUGGUGCCCUUCUAUGGACAGGGGCUAAACUGCGGACUAGAAGACGUCCGCGUUCUAGACAUUUUACUUCGCGCCGAAGGAGUGAAUCCCGCUUCCCUAGCUAAUGGCGGAGAAGAUAGCUCUUUAGCAAGAGCUCUUGCUCGGUAUACGGAAAGCAGACACGAAGACCUCGUCUCCAUUUGCGAACUAGCAAUGGAUAACUACGUGGAAAUGCGACACUCCGUGGUCACACCGGGUUUCCUAUUUCGCAGGGCCCUGGAUAAUAUCUUGUACACCAUUUCCGCAAAGCUAGUGGCAUCCACGUCACUUCGACCGACAUUGUCUCGCGAGGCUUUCCCUUCAAGCACUCCCUCCGCUUGGCUUCCGCUCUACACCAUGGUGACUUUCCGCCCGGAUAUUAGCUAUUCCACUGCGCGCCGCAUCGCUUCCAGGGAACAUCGGAUUUUAGAGGUCACUGGUUGGGCGAGUGCUCUGAUUGCAGUUUCUGCGGUCGGCAUAACGACCAUAACAAUAUUACGCCGUCUCGGAUUGAUACAUCCACACAACACAGGGUGA